GCAGGAUGGUGCUGGAGGCGGCGGCGGCCGUGGUGGCGGCAGCGUCGUUGGCGGCAGCGGGAGUGGGUGCGGCGGCAGCGGCGGCGGCGCCCGCGGGUGGUAUAAAAUGGCGGAUUUCGAAGAGUUGAGGGAUCUCCAGUACAAUGUUGAAUAGAAGCUGUGAUGGGGGCAUCCUGAUCUUGUUCCUGAUUUUAAAGGGAAUGCUUUCAAAGUUUCACAAGUGGCUGUACCAUUUUACAUCCCUACCAGCAAUGUAUGGAGUGAUCCAGUUUCUCUGCAUCCUCGCCAGCAUUUGGUGUUAUCAGUGUUUUUCAUUUUAGCCAUUCUGAAUAUGGUUUCUAGUUUUAGGGUUUCUGAACUACAAGUAUUACUAGGCUUUGCUGGACGGAAUAAAAGUGGACGCAAGCAUGACCUCCUGAUGAGGGCGCUGCAUUUAUUGAAGAGCGGCUGCAGCCCUGCGGUUCAGAUUAAAAUCCGAGAAUUGUAUAGACGCCGAUAUCCACGAACUCUUGAAGGACUUUCUGAUUUAUCCACAAUCAAAUCAUCGGUUUUCAGUCUGGAUGGUGGCUCAUCACCUGUAGAACCUGACUUGGCCGUGGCUGGAAUCCACUCGUUGCCUUCCACUUCAGUUACACCUCACUCACCAUCCUCUCCUGUUGGUUCUGUGCUGCUUCAAGAUACUAAGCCCACAUUUGAGAUGCAGCAGCCAUCUCCCCCAAUUCCUCCUGUCCAUCCUGAUGUGCAGUUAAAAAAUCUGCCCUUUUAUGAUGUCCUUGAUGUUCUCAUCAAGCCCACGAGUUUAGUUCAAAGCAGUAUUCAGCGAUUUCAAGAGAAGUUUUUUAUUUUUGCUUUGACACCUCAACAAGUUAGAGAGAUAUGCAUAUCCAGGGAUUUUUUGCCAGGUGGUAGGAGAGAUUAUACAGUCCAAGUUCAGUUGAGACUUUGCCUGGCAGAGACAAGUUGCCCUCAAGAAGAUAACUAUCCAAAUAGUCUAUGUAUAAAAGUAAAUGGGAAGCUAUUUCCUUUGCCUGGCUAUGCACCACCGCCUAAAAAUGGGAUUGAACAGAAGCGCCCUGGACGCCCCUUGAAUAUUACAUCUUUAGUUAGGUUAUCUUCAGCUGUGCCAAACCAAAUUUCCAUUUCUUGGGCAUCAGAAAUUGGGAAGAAUUACUCUAUGUCUGUAUAUCUUGUACGGCAGCUUACAUCAGCCAUGUUAUUACAGAGAUUAAAAAUGAAAGGUAUUAGAAACCCUGAUCAUUCCAGAGCACUAAUUAAAGAAAAACUUACUGCAGAUCCUGAUAGUGAAAUUGCUACAACUAGCCUUCGGGUAUCCUUGAUGUGCCCUUUAGGAAAAAUGAGGCUGACAAUCCCAUGCCGUGCAGUGACUUGUACACAUCUGCAGUGUUUUGAUGCUGCCCUUUAUCUACAAAUGAAUGAGAAGAAGCCCACCUGGAUUUGUCCUGUGUGUGACAAAAAAGCUGCCUAUGAAAGUCUAAUAUUAGAUGGGCUUUUUAUGGAAAUUCUCAAUGACUGUUCUGAUGUAGAUGAGAUCAAAUUCCAAGAAGAUGGUUCUUGGUGUCCAAUGAGACCGAAGAAAGAAGCUAUGAAAGUAUCCAGCCAACCGUGUACAAAAAUAGAAAGUUCAAGCGUCCUCAGUAAGCCUUGUUCAGUGACUGUAGCCAGUGAGGCAAGCAAGAAGAAAGUAGAUGUUAUUGAUCUUACAAUAGAAAGCUCUUCUGACGAAGAGGAAGACCCUCCUGCCAAAAGGAAAUGCAUCUUUAUGUCAGAAACACAAAGCAGCCCAACCAAAGGGGUUCUCAUGUAUCAGCCAUCUUCUGUAAGGGUGCCCAGUGUGACUUCGGUUGAUCCUGCUGCUAUUCCGCCUUCAUUAACAGACUACUCAGUACCAUUCCACCAUACGCCAAUAUCAAGCAUGUCAUCAGAUUUGCCAGGUUUGGAUUUUCUUUCCCUUAUUCCAGUUGAUCCCCAGCAGUACUGUCCUCCUAUGUUUUUGGAUAGUCUCACCUCACCCUUAACAGCAAGCAGUACGUCUGUCACCACCACCAGCUCCCAUGAAAGCAGUACUCAUGUUAGUUCAUCCAGCAGCAGGAGUGAGACAGGGGUCAUAACCAGCAGUGGAAGUAACAUUCCUGACAUCAUCUCAUUGGACUAAAGGAGGACUCACUUGAUUCUGGGAAUCAUUCAUCAGAACUGCUUUUUCUUGGAUCUCUACUCUGUGGAAACUUUCCUUUUUUUUUUUAAUAAUUUGGUAUUUAUUGAAAGUCAGAUGGAUUCUUUUGCUUUCUGAGGGGUGAACACAGAAGACUGCAACAAGAACCAAAUGACAUGCAAGGAUUUUUCUUAAUUAUGCUGUACUCUCAGCAUCAGAUACAUUCAACCAUAACUGUAUCUUCCUGAGAGAUGGAUUUCACUUUCAUACGUUAAUGGAUGGAGUCUACAAAUCAGUGAAAAAAGUUUUUGUUAAAGAGCAAUAAAAUUAUGUAAAUAUUCAAGUAACCUUUUUUCUAAUUAAAAAAAAUUGUAAUCACUGAUUCUAGAAUGACAGCAACUUCUGUUUAACCUUACGUGAAGGAAAAAAAAAUAUAUGGAAAGAACUUAAUGUUUGCUGAAUGAGUCCUUUCCAUGGAGAUUUGCUCUGUUUCAUUGAAGUAAUGAAGUUUCAGUACAUGGCCAAAGCUUGGAUUCCACUUUUCGUCCUGCAUUUCCACUUUUCUUCGUGAUCGCAUCAAAGAAAAAUGGCAUUCGUGUUACUUGGUUUUUUUCCUGCUUAUCAUUUACACUUUGACGUUGUUUGCUAAUGAGUGCUGUGUGAAGUUCUGGGAUUUGGCUACUCUUCAUUGGUGAUUAUGUUUAAAAGCACUAUGCAGAUUCUGCCCUGACAUAAACUGUGUUAUUAUGUUUUUAGUAAUUGUACAUUUUUCAUUCUAGAGUUUUCUAUAAAUUUGAGGCUUGCCUUCUCAAAAAAGAAACUCUAUGCAGCCAUUGAAUGAAAUGUCUUUGGGGUACAGUGUGACUGGAAUGUUUGUUAGAAAUUUGUUCACACUAUCAAAUAUUGAUAUAUUGGAGCCAGCAGAAGAGCAGAUUUUGGGAGGUGGUAAUAACAAAAUUUAAUUUCUUCCCAGUAACUUAAUUUUCUCAUUUAUUUUACAGAAUAGUAGUGAAAUAUUUGAUGAAACUUUGUAUUUUGGUAGCACUACAUAGAAAAUGUGUUUUAGAUUUAUGAUGAUCAUAUUUCUCACCAAUGUAAUUUCAGUCUCCGCAGUGAUUUUCAAACUUAGGGAAAGGGACAGCAUUAGAUUUUUUUUUUUUCAUUUUUUUAAAAUGAUAUCUUACCUGAAACUACAAACGACAAAAGAGAAUUAGAAAUGUUUGAAUUAAAGUGAAGAAGGGUUGGGGGAGAUGGGCCUGAACCCACUUCCUGUCUCAAUCCAUGCUACCCCAAACACUCCAGGGAACCUCUGAGGUUUUAUUGGGUGCACUUUGAAAAUUUCUCUUCUAUAAUGUGUUUGUUUGAUUUUAAAUCACAGAGAAAACUGGGUUUUACUCUUAGAGAAACAUUUUCAUCCAGUUUUUUAGUUUGCUUCAUUUGACUUCCUAAAUCAUUUUUGAGUUCGCAAGGAUUUGGUACUUUUCUGUUUAGCUUUCUCUCUCUAAGCUUUAUCUACCUUAAAAACAAAGUCCUUUUUUUAAUGGCCAGUCCAACCAAUUGAUUUCUCAAACUGAAGUGCCCAGGUGUGGACUCAUCAAUUUCCGUUAGAAUAGGGACAUCCUACUUAAGAGUUGGUGCAGCUCCAAGGAGCUGACUUGUCCUUGCUUGGGGGUUUUUUUUUUUUCUUUCACCUUCUCAAGUUUCCAUGGCCUUUGUGUGUUCUUUUUAUGUUGAUUUAAUUUCAUAUGGUGUUCCACAAAUCCCUUCUUUGGCUACAUCGUCUCCUUAUUCAAUGGAUUAUCCCUUUGUGGGGGCUGCUUAUUUUAAAGAUGUUGGGGGGGAAAAAACCCGAAUCUACGAGCAGUAGUUGCACAUAGUUGCCAGUUUACCUUCUUAGUCAUUAGAUUUCCAAACCAUGUUGCAGUUUUUUGGUCCAGAUAUAGUAUUUCUUUCUAAUAAAGUUUUAUGUUGCUCCUCUAAA